UGCUGGGGGAGUCCGAAGAUGGCGGCGUCGCGUCGCUCUCAGCAUCAUCACCACCAUCAUCAACAACAGCUCCAGCCCGCCCCAGGGGCUUCGGCGCCGCCGCCACCACCUCCCCCCCCACUCAGCCCCGGCCUGGCGCCGGGGACCACCCCAGCUUCCCCAACGGCGGGUGGCCUGGCCCCCUUCUCCUCCCCGCGGCACGGCCUAGCGCUGCCGGAGGGGGAUGGCAGUCGGGAUCCGCCCGACAGGCCUCGAUCCCCGGACCCGGUUGACAGUACCAGCUGUUGCAGUACCACCAGCACAAUCUGUACCGUCGCCGCCGCGGCUCCGGUGGCCCCGGCGGUUUCCGCUUCAUCUGCCGUCGGGGUCGCUCCCAACCCAGCCGGCGGUGGCAGUAACAAUUCACCGUCGUCCUCUUCUUCCCCGACUUCUUCCUCAUCUUCCUCUCCAUCCUCCCCUGGAUCGAGCUUGGCGGAGAGCCCAGAGGCGGCAGGAGUUAGCACCACAGCAACAUUGGGGCCUGGGGCAGCGGGACCUGGGCCAGGGGUCCCAGCAGUGAGCGGGGCCCUGCGGGAACUGUUGGAGGCCUGUCGCAAUGGGGACGUGUCCCGGGUAAAGAGGCUGGUGGACGCGGCAAACGUGAAUGCUAAGGACAUGGCCGGCCGGAAGUCUUCUCCCCUGCACUUCGCUGCAGGGUUUGGAAGGAAGGAUGUCGUAGAACACUUACUACAGAUGGGUGCUAACGUCCAUGCUCGUGAUGACGGAGGUCUCAUCCCACUUCAUAAUGCCUGUUCUUUUGGCCACGCUGAGGUUGUGAGUCUGUUACUGUGUCAAGGAGCUGAUCCAAAUGCCCGGGAUAACUGGAACUAUACCCCUCUGCAUGAAGCUGCUAUUAAAGGGAAAAUUGAUGUAUGUAUUGUGCUGCUGCAGCACGGAGCUGAUCCAAACAUUCGGAACACGGAUGGAAAAUCAGCCCUGGACCUGGCAGAUUCUUCAGCAAAAGCUGUCCUUACAGGUGAAUACAAGAAAGACGAACUCCUAGAAGCUGCUAGGAGUGGUAAUGAAGAAAAACUAAUGGCUUUACUGACUCCUCUAAAUGUGAAUUGCCAUGCAAGUGAUGGGCGAAAGUCUACCCCUCUACAUCUAGCAGCGGGCUACAACAGAGUUCGGAUAGUGCAGCUUCUUCUCCAGCAUGGUGCUGAUGUUCACGCAAAAGACAAAGGUGGACUUGUGCCUCUUCAUAAUGCGUGUUCAUAUGGACAUUAUGAAGUCACAGAACUGCUACUAAAGCAUGGAGCUUGUGUUAAUGCUAUGGAUCUCUGGCAGUUCACUCCACUCCAUGAGGCUGCUUCCAAGAAUCGUGUGGAAGUCUGCUCUUUGCUACUUAGCCAUGGUGCUGAUCCUACAUUAGUCAAUUGCCAUGGCAAAAGUGCUGUAGAUAUGGCUCCAACUCCUGAGCUCCGGGAGAGAUUGACUUAUGAAUUUAAAGGUCAUUCUUUACUCCAAGCGGCCAGAGAAGCAGACUUAGCCAAAGUUAAAAAAACACUCGCUUUGGAAAUCAUUAAUUUCAAACAACCACAGUCUCAUGAAACUGCACUGCACUGUGCUGUGGCCUCCCUGCAUCCCAAACGAAAACAAGUGACAGAACUAUUACUUAGAAAAGGAGCGAAUGUUAAUGAAAAGAAUAAAGAUUUCAUGACUCCCCUGCACGUUGCAGCAGAAAGAGCUCACAAUGACGUCAUGGAAGUUCUGCAUAAGCAUGGAGCAAAGAUGAAUGCACUGGACACCCUGGGUCAGACUGCUUUGCAUAGAGCUGCCCUCGCAGGUCACCUGCAGACCUGCCGCCUCCUGCUGAGCUACGGCUCUGAUCCUUCCAUCAUCUCUUUACAAGGCUUUACAGCGGCGCAGAUGGGGAACGAAGCUGUGCAGCAGAUUCUAAGCGAAAGUACACCUAUACGCACUUCUGAUGUUGACUAUCGACUGCUAGAGGCAUCUAAAGCUGGAGACUUGGAAACUGUGAAGCAACUUUGCAGCCCUCAAAAUGUGAAUUGCAGAGAUUUGGAGGGCCGGCAUUCUACACCCUUACACUUUGCAGCAGGCUACAAUCGUGUGUCUGUUGUGGAGUACCUUCUACACCACGGUGCCGAUGUCCACGCCAAAGACAAAGGUGGCUUGGUGCCCCUACAUAAUGCUUGUUCAUAUGGACACUAUGAGGUAGCUGAGCUUUUAGUAAGGCAUGGGGCUUCUGUCAAUGUGGCGGACUUAUGGAAAUUUACCCCUCUGCAUGAAGCAGCAGCUAAAGGAAAAUAUGAAAUCUGCAAGCUCCUUUUAAAACAUGGAGCAGAUCCAACCAAAAAGAACAGAGAUGGAAAUACACCAUUAGAUUUGGUAAAAGAGGGAGACACAGACAUCCAGGACUUGCUGAGGGGAGAUGCUGCCUUGUUGGAUGCUGCCAAGAAAGGUUGCCUGGCAAGAGUGCAGAAGCUGUGUACUCCAGAGAAUAUCAACUGCAGAGACACCCAGGGCAGAAACUCAACCCCUCUGCACCUGGCAGCAGGCUACAAUAACCUGGAAGUAGCUGAAUAUCUUCUAGAGCAUGGAGCAGAUGUUAAUGCCCAAGACAAAGGUGGUUUAAUUCCUCUUCAUAAUGCAGCAUCCUAUGGGCAUGUGGAUAUAGCAGCAUUAUUGAUAAAAUACAACACGUGUGUAAAUGCCACAGAUAAGUGGGCAUUUACUCCUCUACAUGAAGCAGCCCAAAAAGGAAGGACCCAGUUAUGUGCCCUUCUCUUGGCCCAUGGUGCGGAUCCAACUAUGAAGAACCAAGAAGGUCAGACACCUUUAGAUCUGGCAACAGCUGACGACAUCAGAGCUUUGCUGAUAGAUGCCAUGCCCCCGGAGGCCUUACCUACCUGUUUUAAACCUCAGGCCACCGUAGUGAGUGCCUCUCUGAUCUCACCAGCAUCCACCCCCUCCUGCCUGUCGGCUGCUAGCAGCAUCGAUAACCUCACCGGCCCUUUAGCGGAACUGGCAGUAGGAGGACCGUCCAACACGGGAGACGGUGCAGCGGGCGCAGAAAGGAAGGAAGGAGAAGUUGCGGGUCUUGACAUGAAUAUCAGCCAGUUCCUAAAAAGCCUUGGUCUUGAGCACCUUCGGGACAUCUUUGAAACAGAACAGAUUACACUAGAUGUACUGGCUGAUAUGGGCCAUGAGGAGUUGAAAGAAAUAGGCAUCAAUGCAUACGGACACCGUCAUAAAUUAAUCAAAGGAGUAGAAAGACUAUUAGGUGGACAACAAGGCACCAAUCCUUAUUUGACUUUUCACUGUGUUAAUCAGGGAACUAUUUUGCUGGAUCUUGCUCCAGAAGAUAAGGAAUAUCAGUCAGUAGAAGAAGAGAUGCAAAGUACGAUUCGAGAACACAGAGAUGGAGGUAAUGCUGGUGGCAUCUUCAACAGAUACAAUGUCAUUCGAAUUCAAAAAGUAGUCAACAAGAAGUUGAGGGAACGAUUCUGUCACAGACAGAAGGAAGUAUCUGAGGAGAAUCACAACCAUCACAACGAGCGCAUGUUAUUCCACGGUUCUCCUUUCAUUAAUGCCAUUAUUCAUAAAGGUUUUGAUGAGCGACAUGCAUACAUAGGAGGAAUGUUUGGUGCCGGGAUUUAUUUUGCUGAAAACUCCUCCAAAAGCAACCAAUAUGUUUAUGGGAUUGGAGGAGGCACAGGCUGCCCCACGCACAAAGAUCGGUCAUGCUACAUAUGUCACAGGCAAAUGCUUUUCUGUAGAGUGACCCUUGGAAAAUCCUUUCUGCAGUUCAGCACCAUGAAAAUGGCUCAUGCCCCUCCAGGACAUCACUCAGUGAUUGGGAGACCAAGUGUGAAUGGGCUGGCAUAUGCUGAAUAUGUCAUCUACAGAGGCGAGCAGGCAUACCCAGAGUAUCUCAUCACAUACCAGAUCAUGAAGCCGGAAGCUCCGGCACAAAGCGCCACAGCCGCCGAGCAGAAGACCUAGUGAACGCCCACUGGGAAAGGCCACAUCGGAUUUCAACUUGGGACUGGAUUACAGUGGAUCGUUUCCAACAAAAUCAAUAUUCCGUAAAUCUCUGACAGCCUAGAAAGAAGCUGUCUGUCUUUUAUAAAGCAUUGCUAUAGUGAUGAAUAGAGUAUGAGUAACUGAUACAUACUCAACUGCUACUGUUCUCUUUGAGGAAAUGUUUACAGGGGCGGCCUUUCACCAUAUCUCAGGCUCAUUUGCGUUGCAACUGUCCAUUUCUAAAACAAGAUUGCUUUGAUCUAGGCUUGGAAAUGGAAAAAAAAGAAAAAGAAAAAACCACAACCAAUACUUUCCCAAAUUUCAUACUUCACACACUACAUUUGCUUUGUUCCAUAUGGCACGUGUAUGUAACAAAUGUACACAUAUGAUAGGCUCAUUUUUAAUUUUUUCUAAGCAUGCAUCAUUGUCUUUUUUUUCUUUUUUUCUUUUCAUUUGUUUACUUUGAAAAUGAGCCGGAACCUUCUCAAGGAUAUUUUGCACAAAGUCACACAGACUAAAAUCAUUAGCAAUUCAACCCAAGCUUCUGGCUGAGCAAGACUUAGUUUCCCUUUUUUUUCCACUUGGAUUUCUUUUGUAUCCAUACUUCUUACCAUUGUAAAUUGGGACGGGAAGGAAAAACAUCACGCUUUAGUUUCCUUUUAUGAAUGGGCCAGUCUUGGCAGGGAAAGGCACAAAGGUCAACCUGACUGAGGAGCUCCCAAGUUCAGAGAAGUCCGAGCCGCUGAGGGCCCCUUGCUCCUCCGGGUCGCGGCCUGCCCCGGGGGCAUUCAAUUCAGGACGGUGCCGGAGACCUCAGGAGA